CGUAUCACUUCGACCUUAUCAAAAGGUGACAGCCUCCAGCGGCAAAAUCCCUCAAAAUCCCAGAAAGCAAAAAAGGUCAAAAUUCACACUGUGUCUCUCUUCUGCAACAAGUGUGACACGCAACACAAGCAAUUAUGGCCAACAAAGAGAUGGAAGUGGUGAAGGGUGUGGACCUAAACAGGUACAUGGGACGGUGGUACGAGAUAGCUUCAUUCCCAUCAAGGUUUCAGCCCAAGAAUGGUGUGAACACAAGGGCUACAUACACUCUGAGAGAGGAUGGGACUGUGAAUGUGCUGAAUGAGACCUGGACUGAUGGGAAAAGAGGGUACAUAGAGGGCAGUGCAUACAAGGCUGAUCCCAAAAGUGAUGAGGCUAAGCUCAAAGUUAGAUUCUAUGUCCCUCCAUUCCUGCCCAUCAUCCCUGUGGUUGGGGACUACUGGGUUUUGUACCUUGAUGAUGAUUAUCAGUAUGCCUUGAUUGGCCAGCCUACCAGGAAGUCUCUUUGGAUAUUAUGCAGGCAAACCCACCUAGAUGAAGAGAUUUACAAUCAGCUACUUCAGAAGGCCACAGAUGAGGGCUAUGAUGUUAGCAAGCUCCACAAGACACCACAGAGUGAUCCUCCACCAUCGGGAGAGGAAGGCCCUAAGGACACCAAAGGCUUUUGGUAUUUUAAAUCCCUUUUUGGAAAAUAGGGAGAAUAGUGGUUGUUUGUAUACCGUGGUUUGACUGUUUCCAAUAUAUACAUAAAUAAAGAUCAAAACCACCCCGGAUUGCAGCAUCCAGAUUAGGGAUAUAUUUGUGUUAUUUUUUGCUGGCUAUUUUAGUUUUUGUAAAGCAAGAAUGGGUAUAUGUAAUAUAUUUUUUUUUGCUAAACAGGUAUAUGUAAUAUGUUGGGUGCCUAGGCCCUAGACUUUGAAUUUUAUUUUAUUUUAUUUUUUUAGUGGUACUGUUAAGCCUAAACUAUGAAGUUGAAGUUCUGAAAAAUGUCCUUAUAUUUCAUUGGGGCCGUUUUGAGUUUGCUUUAAUGUGAAAGUUCGAUAAAAAUUUUCAA